AUGGCUGUUUGGGAUCACUUUGAGAAUUCUGGCUCUCACCCGCCCCACCCGGUAGACACUAUCAUUGCCGGAUUGGCUGAUGUUAAUAUUACUGAAGAGAGUGAAGUUGGUGAAGCGAGUGAGCUCGCUGGUCUUGACCACCCUCCCAAUCAGUGGCUUGGCCCUUCCGGUGAUUCCAUCAAGGAUGUUGCUGCCAGAGGCUGGUCCGAUCGUAUCCCGUUCGAAUACGCUGACUUAUCGAACCCUGAGUUCGCCGAGUGGGCAUGCAAUGCCAAAUGCUACGAAUGGAAAGGUGAAUUUGGAGAUGUCGGUCCGAAAAAUGAGGAGCUCGAGAAACAGCUUUUCAACGCCGACAACAUGACUCGAGCUGGACUGCAGCUUGACCGGUUAAACGAGAUCGACGUUCGCGUGGAAAGCGAAGAUCGUGUGCACCCCAUUGUCAGUUGGGAUCACGCCGGCUUGCACCCUAUUAUGAGACAGAAUAUCGAUCUGUGCCUUUACACUGCUCCCACAGCCAUCCAAAUGUACACCAUCCCUGCCAUUCUCACUGAUAGGGAUCUGAUUGGCGAAAAAGCUGGCCGCCCACGCCCCGACAACGUCGGGCCUGACUUUGACGCAAAGCUGAAUGGAGUCCGAGCGGAACCUCUGGUACUCAUUGUAUGUCCCACGCGAGAGUUGGCAACCCAAAUUUUUGACGAUGCUCGUCGUCUUUGCUAUCGCUCCAUGCUGCGUCCUUGUGUUGCAUAUGGCGGCGUGCCUUCUCGUUUUCAGCGAGAGGAGCUUCGAAAGGGAUGCGAUAUUUUGAUCGGUACUCCCGGUCGGAUCAUUGACUUCAUGGGACAGGGUCACGUCUUGUCGCUUCAUCGGGUCAAGUACACCGUCAUUGACGAAGCUGACGAGCUACUUCAUUCCGACUGGGAGGACGAUUUCAAGAAGAUCAUGUCAGGUGGAGAUGCCACCGAAGAUGAUGAUCACCGCUACAUGAUGUUUUCUGCUACCUUCAACAAGGAUUGUCGAAAACUUGCUCGUGAGCAUCUCGGCCAGAACUACGUUCGCAUCAGCAUUGGACGCCCGGGCAGUUCGCAUCUCAAUGUCGAGCAGCAGAUCAUCUACGUCGAGGAAUCACGGAAGAACGACGCCCUCUACGACCUUCUGUUGAGCAUGUGCCCGAUUCGCAUUCUCGUUUUCGUCAACAACAAAAAGCAGGUCGAUUAUGUCGACGCAUUCCUCUAUGAGCACGGUCUUCCCAGCACCUCGAUUCAUGGUGAUCGGACCCAACGAGAGCGAGAAGAUGCCAUCCGCUCUUUCAAGACUGCGCAGUGCCCCAUCAUGGUCGCCACGGCUCUUUCUGCCCGAGGUUUGGACAUCCCAAACCUCAUGCAUGUGGUCAACUAUGAUCUUCCGAGGGCCAAUCACGGUGGUAUCAACGAGUACAUCCACCGCAUUGGGCGCACCGCACGUAUCGGAAAUGAAGGACUGGCAACUUCUUUUUACACCGACAAGGAUAAAGACCUUGCCUUUGACCUGGUGCGAAUCUUGCUGGAGUGCAACCAGCCAGUUCCCGACUUUCUUGAGCAUCACAUUCCAGCUGGUAGUCGUCCUGUGUUUGACGACGAUGAGACCGACAGCGAAAGUGACGAUGACAACAGAGCUGAUAUUGGCCCUGAGAACGAAGACGAGAUCAAUGUUGGGGUUGCCGCGAUCCACCACAAUAACGGAGACAAUCAGGGCGAAGACGGCCAGGUUUCCUCCCGUCGGGAGGCCUUUGGUGCAGACAAAACCGGUCCGGGCGGAUCUCACUGGGCUACCAACGACGUGACGCUGUAA